CGAUUCCCUCUCCACCGCAAAAUGACGCACCCAGGGAUUCUCCAGCAAAGCGGAUUGAGGAGCCGAAACAUGUCCCGUCAGCGGAUUUGAACUGCACGGUACUUAGAUCUCCACAGGAAUUUUUUUAAAUUAUAUUAUUUACAUGUUUAUUAUUAUAAUUUACCCUUAAGAAACUCCGAAACGUGUAAUAGUUCACCAUGGGAAUCUCAGAACUACUUGACAAACUUCGAGAUCGCGCAGAUACAUUUCUAAAUGAGAAAAACAUAGUGACAGAUUUCCUUGGGAAACUGGAGGAGAAAACGGGGAUCAAGAAAAAAUGUUUUGCCGUAGGUGCAGUGUCUCUGACAGGACUGUAUUUGGUAUACGGCUAUGGCGCCUCCCUCCUCUGUAACAUGAUUGGUUUUGUGUAUCCUGCAUAUUAUUCAAUCAAAGCCCUCGAGGGUAAAAACAAAGAUGAUGACACAAAAUGGCUGACCUAUUGGGUGGUCUACGGAAUCUUCAGUGUGGGGGAAUUCUUCUCCGACAUCUUCCUUUAUUGGUUUCCUUUCUACUAUGCUUUCAAGUGCUUGUUCUUGUUGUGGUGCAUGGCCCCCGUUGCAUGGAACGGCUCUCAGAUCCUGUACAACCGGGUAGUGCGACCCUUCUUCCUCAAGCAUGAGGCCACUGUGGACAGCAUGGUCAAUGACCUCAGCGGGAAAGCCAUGAACGCAGCCGAGUCCGUCACCAGAGAAGUCCUUCAAACACUGGUGAAAAACAAGACUAUACAACAAGCAUCAGAGACAAAAGGCUUACCCAGCACAUCAGAUUCACCUAUGAUUCAUGAGUUGACCUACACUGAACCCAAAGUAGACUAAUGAUCCACAGGUAGAGGCAUCGUCUCAGUGAUGGUACUGAAGACAGCAAACCAAACCAUGCCAGAUUCACCGGAAGGACUUUGGUUUCCAUGUUGACUUGUAAACUGCUGAACCACUUAUACUUGAUGCCCUAUGGUGGGAAAACGAUGAAACAAAUCUGACAGAGAUGGGAUACCAUUACACAGACAGAUAACGGGACAGGAAAAACACAUAGCCAAGCUUCAUAUCGACCAAAACCACUGCAGCUGAAAAUCACUUCACAGCCGCGUGGUCGUGUGUCUGGUCAGUUGAAUGCUAUGCAAUGUCUGAUAUUUUGACCUUCUCAUCACCUGAUUAGAGUAACUGAAUUUGUCUGAUAUGUCUUUGCUUUACAAUCAAUGUCCUUGUCUUCCGAUAAGGGAGUGUGUGGGCUCAAUGCUUCAACAAUAGGCACAGUGUUCUAGUCUUAGACCUCUUUGUUUUUGUUUUCACAUACUUCAUUGUGCUGAAUGAAAUAUUUAUUCAUCAUUG